GUGGUUCAGUUGUUGGCAGAGUCCAAAGGGAGGUGCUUGUUACUUAGUGUAGAUAUCUGUGCACACAUGGUAGAAGAGUAGAUGGAUUGUGUUAACAUCUCAGGAGAUCACUGCUAACCUUGAGGGGAUACAGACAUACCGAUGAAGCUUCGGGAGUUCUUUACCUUUUGGCAUCAUUUACUAUAGCCUGUCAAACUCAGAAGGGUUCUGACUUGCUGCAGUGGAAGUAAAGCUGGCAUUUUGGAGAACUGUGCACAUUCUCCUUCAAGCCAUCUGAGAAGCAUUAGACUUUUUGUUUUAAAAUGGAUUACCGCUACACCAGGAGAUAUUAUCCAUCACUGGACUCUGCAGGGUCAUCAGAGAGGAGCGGAAAAGAGGUGAUGUCCAAAGGCUCCAGUGGAAUGGAGGUCAUCCUGGCUUCUCUGGAGAACAGCAGGGAUGUUCAGACCACCCUGAACAUCAUGUACAUCCUCAGUGAGCUGCUGACAGUUGGCAGAGGACGCAGAGUGGGAGUGUUUGUUUCCAAAGGAGGAACGGGAAUUUUAUUCCAGAUUCUGAUCUUGGCCAGCAAAGAGAUUCCUCCCAGUGAGGAACUUAUGCUGCAGCUUCACGCACUACUGGCCAAGGUUGGACUGAAAGACAGAACGUUUGGACUGAAGGCACGAUUGACUGGAGCUCUGAAUAUCACCGUCAACGUAAUGAAACAGAAUCUACAGAACACAAAGCUGCUUCUGCCCUGUCUGCAGGUUCUCAGGAUUUAUUCUACCAACUCGGUGAAUGCUAUUUCUUUAGGUAAGAACGGUGUGGUGGAACUUCUGUUCAAGAUUGUCGGGCCGUACAGCAAGAAGAACACAAGCCUCUUUAAGGUAGCUCUGGAGGCACUGGGAACACUGCUCAAAUCCAAAACUAAUGCCCGCCGUGUGGUGGACAGUGGCCUUGUGUCCGUCUUGCUUGCUCUGUACCUGGAUUGGCAUCGCAACGACACUCGACACUGCUGUAUGUUGAUCCGUAAAGGAUUGUUGGUCUGCCUCAGGAACAUUACCAACAUCAAACUGGGCCGAAAGGCGUUCUUAGAGGCUGACGGCAUGAGGAUCCUCUACAACUCCUCUGCUGAGUGUCUACCUGUGCGGACUCUGGAUCCUCUGGUCAACACUUCAAGCCUCAUCAUGAGGAAGUGUUUUCCUAAGAAUCGCCUGCCUCUGCCUACCAUCAAGUCAGCCUUCCACUUUCAACUGCCUCAUGUCCCUCCUGAGGGUCCUGUGGCUCAACUGUACAGCCAACCUCCUGGGGUGGAUGAUGUGGUGGAUGAAAGCGAUGAUAACGAGGAGCUAGAAGCAGAGACUGAUACUGAGAAUGACGAAGAUGAUAAGGAACAAUGUAACUUGAAUGAUGAUAUAGAAACAGAUCUCAACAAGCUACAUCCCAAAAGGACCAUUGGAUGCUCAUUUGAAGAGCUGAAGGUCUAUCAGAUGUUUUUCUCAGAGCUUUCUGAAGACUUCCAGGGGUAUAACUUUGAGUUUUUAAAGAGUGCCUCUCCUACAUCUUCAUCAGCAUAUUUCUUCUCAUCACCAUCAGCACGGUUCACUCGGCCAGUCGUAGUGCCAACAGCUGAAGCCCCAUCCCCGAAGCAAAUACCACAUUCUCAGGACGUUUGCAACUCUGUCAAAAAACGUCAGACACUGUCCUCUCCCUCCCCCAGUAGUCCUCAAACUCCUCUGGACCUGGGCACAAUCCACCUCAGUAAGGACAAAGAUAAAAAAGAGGACACUAACAUUCCAACCCCAGAUGGACACACCGCUCCGCCCUCCUUCUGCAGGUCUCCUUCUCAAGGCCACAUGAUGGAACAGGAACUAUCCCAUCCACUGGAGUGUCUCUCUCUAGAGGACAAAAGCAAUCAAAAUGCAGAAGCUGGAUCUGAGAGGGUCAAAAAUGAAGAAUCUCCAGUCAACAACUUGAGACACAUACAGUCACCUUUGCUCCUGGGUGGUUUCCCAAUACGGCGCGCAGGUGGGGGAGGCAGCAACGUUGGUUCAGAUUGUGGCUCAGAGGGUGCUGAAGACGAGGCAGGAGAAGGUGGGGUCCUCGAGGUGCCGGACACAGCUCAACUCCUGCCUCUGCAUGACCCUGACCUUUACGUGGAAAUGGUGAAGGGGACAGAGUCGGUCCCACAGUAUGCUGAAGUGGCUUACCCAGAUUACUUUGGUCAUGUGGCUCCAAUGUUUAAGGAACCUCUGCUGGAGAGAAUUUAUGGUGUACAGAGGUCCAAGAUAUUUCAGGACAUUGAGCGGCUGAUUCAUCCUAAUGAUAUCCUGGAUAAAGUAGUUUACGACAUUGAUCAUCCCAGUCUUGUGACUGAAGAGAACAGUGAGUCACUGAAGUUCAACUCUCAGUUUGAGUCAGGCAAUCUCAGGAAAGCUGUUCAAGUGAGGAAAUAUGAGUAUGACCUUAUUCUGAAUGCGGAUAUCAACAGUAAUCACUACCAUCAGUGGUUUUACUUUGAAGUGAGUGGCAUGCGAGUCGGGGCUACGUACCGUUUCAACAUCAUCAACUGUGAGAAGUCAAACAGCCAAUUUAACUAUGGCAUGCAGGUGUUGAUGUACUCUGUGCAGGAAGCCAUCAGCGGCAGGCCUCGUUGGGUCAGAACAGGAACCGACAUCUGUUAUUAUAAGAAUCACUUUGCGAGAAGUUCCAUUGCAACUGGGGGACAGAAAGGGAAAUCAUAUUAUACACUGACCUUCAGCAUAAACUUCAGCCAUAAGGAUGAUGUCUGCUACUUUGCCUAUCAUUACCCUUAUACAUACUCUACACUUAAGAUGCAUCUGUCCAAACUGGAGGCUAUGAGGACCCCUCAGAUCUAUUUCAGGCAGGACGUUCUGUGCGAAACCCUCGGCGGAAACACCUGUCCACUUCUCACCAUCACUGCCAUGCCUGAGUCCAAAUCCAGUGAUCAUAUCUGUCAGUUCAGGAAUCGCCCAUUGAUCUUCUUGUCAGCCAGAGUCCACCCCGGGGAGACCAAUGCCAGUUGGGUGAUGAAGGGCACGCUAGAGUUCCUCAUGGGAUCCAGCCCACUGGCAGUAAGCCUUAGAGAGGCCUACAUCUUCAAGAUAGUCCCCAUGCUCAACCCGGACGGAGUUAUUAAUGGAAAUCAUCGUUGUUCUCUAAGUGGAGAGGACUUGAAUCGGCAGUGGCAGAACCCCAAUCCUGAGCUUCACCCCACCAUCUACCAUACUAAGGGGCUGCUGCAGUAUCUUGCAUACAUACAAAGGGCACCACUGGUCUUCUGUGAUUACCACGGCCAUUCCAGAAAGAAGAAUGUCUUCAUGUACGGCUGCAGUGUGAAGGAGACGGUCUGGCAGUCCGAUAUCAGUGCAACCUCGAGCGACUUGCAUGAGGACCUUGGAUACAGGACUCUUCCCAAGAUCCUGUCCCAGAUCGCCCCAGCCUUCAGCAUGGCUAGCUCCAGUUUUGUAGUGGAGCGCUCCAAAGAGUCAACUGCACGAGUUGUUGUUUGGAGAGAGAUUGGAGUAAAACGCAGUUAUACCAUGGAGAGCACACUCUGUGGCUGUGAUCAGGGCAAAUAUAAGGGACUCCAGAUCGGCACCAGAGAGCUUGAAGAGAUGGGUUCUCAGUUCUGUGUGGCCCUGCUGAGGCUGAAGAGGUUGACAGGGCUCCGCAAUCACCAACAUUUGCUGGACAUGGAGAGUGACAUCAUUGGAACACAAACGAAACCUGUCAGCAGCUGUACAACUACCUAUGUGCUAGAGGAGGAUGAACCAUCCUUUCUUGAUGCGAUUGACUACAGCGCGGAAAGCAACGACGAGGAUGUCGAGCCUGAAAGCGAUGUCUGCAGCGAAGUCCAAGAGAAUUUUGAUCAGCUGUCGGACAUUGAUAAUAACCACAGGGACUAGUGCUAAUCUACAUAUGUGAUGGUUUAAACUUAUAAUUAGUGCUUGGGUUAUUAGCUGAACAAAGUUCAAAGAUCUCACUCUGCAAACAGAAAGAUGCCACACCUCCUACUUUGUUUUGUGGAUAAUUAGCUAUGGGAUGAUUUUGUUUUGGUCGGGCCACUGUUAUCAGCUCGUUCCUCAUGAAGGUGCAUACACCAUCUGCCUUUCUCUUCAGAUAGACCAGUAUUAGCAGCUAUAAGAAUAAGAAUGGAUUUCACUGAAUGUUUUCACCUUUUCAGCACCAAAAUAUUACGCCCUUCUAAACCUCAGACACCAUAAAGCCUCUGAGAUGUACAUGUAAAUAAGCAGAGCACCAGGCGACGCUGUAGUUUAUGAAACCCCUGUCACCUGCAACAGUUUGGUGAAAACCUUUUGAGCGAAAAAAAAUUAACCAGCCUGCCUUCCUCAUGAAACAUAGGUGAGCUUUCUUUCGUGUUUCAUGCAUUAAACUCACCUUUGUUCAUUUGUAAUCCCUCCCUUCCCUGUUGAUCACAUGUAUCCCAAAUUGGAAAUAUAUCACAUGACUGUAAAACAUUCACAUCUUUAUGAAAAUGGACCUUAUAAUCUAUAUAUAAUUAAGAUAUGAACACACAGACUUUCCCAGGCUCAAACGCGCACAUCAGUUAAACAUUUAGACUGAAUGUAUACAGUCAGUGUUAUUCAUUGUUUUCAUAAUCCACAGUAUUCUACAGCAGUAUGAACAACAAGCAUGAGCGUCAGAAACCAAAAGCCCGUCUUUGCACUGAUUCUACAAAUAGUAAACACUUGAAACAAAGAACAAACUUGAGUGUAAAACUCGCUUUAUGUGUUACUUAUAAUCACCUCUGAAGUUCUCUGAGCCCGGUAAAAGAGGAAGCUCACAUUGUUGUGAUAUUAAGAAGAAUGUAGACUGGAAUUUUGCCACCUUUUUUAUUAAUUUUUCCCAAGUGUACGUUUUGCUGAUCCAUAGAAUGUCCUGUCAAUGGAAAUAGAUGGUGCUGCGUAUUAAGGGUGUGAAAUAGUUUGGAUUUUUAUGGAGAUGUUUCUUUUGGAUUUGUACAAAUGGUGCAUGGCUUAUUUGUUUUUAUUUGAAUUAUUUUUAAUUUAUGAAGUCUUUGUUAUGCAUCCUGCAUGUUCAUAUGUCUCAUUUCUAGUGUAUGCCCUUGAUUUUAGGUUAUUCCAAUAUUUCUGCUCAGCUCUUAAAGCGUGCUUCUAUCAGAUCUGUCACUUUCCUUUUUCUUUUCUCAUUUCUUGUCUUUUCUUCCAUCUCAACCCAUUAAAUCCUCUUCCUCUGUACCUUGGACUUAAUGACCUUAAAAAUUGUUUGUGAGUUUAUUUUGUUGUCCUAUUUUAUUUAUGUUUGCAAAACUGUUGAUGUUUACACUUUGUGGGCGGUAUUUUAUUUCUUUGGUUGCAAACAAGCAACGUUGUGUGUCAUAAAGUUUUAGGUAAAAGUUAAGCAUUGGGAAAUAAAAUGUGAACAUGUAAAGCUGA